UGUUCUUUCUGCCUAAGAUCUGCUCUUGGACUUCAUCUAAACACCUUUCUACAUCAAUGAUAAGUUUGGAUAAGUGUAACAUAUUAUCCCUUUCUCUUAUCAGCUGUUUGGGGUUGUAAAGUCGAGCUUUUUUAGUGAUUUAUAAUUUACAAAGUGUAUUGUGUGACUUGCGGAACUAGAAGGUUAUUAAAGGAGUGAAAUUUUAUAAAUAUUUGCUGGCAGGUGAUCUUACAGGAGAAGAGGUGGAUAUUUUAAAUAAACUUCGUAAUCUUUCCUUUCUCGCGCGAUGGAGUUUGAGAAACGGAAAGAACUGCCAAAUCCAUGGACAAAAGCGAAUUUCUUUUCCAGACUUUUUUUCUGGUGGCUGACGCCAUUUUUUAUGAAAGGUAGGAAGGGGAACUUGAAAUUAACUGAUAUCUAUGAUUGUCCAACUGUUGACGAAUCUGAUAAAAUAAGUGACGUCCUUAUAAAAGAAUGGGAAAAGGAACUUAAAAAACAAAAGGAAGGAAAGAAGCCGAGUCUUUUUAAAGCAACUAUAAGAAGUUUUGGUCUGUUUUAUUGUCUUAACGGCAUUUAUACUCUUAUUGAAGAAUGUUUCAUUCACGUAAUGCAGCCUAUUUUCCUCGGAUAUCUCAUCGAACAUUUUGCAAGACUGACGGUGAUGCCAAAACCAAGUUUAUAUAUGUAUACGUCUUUUGUGUGUCUUUUAGCUUGCAUGUUUGUAUUUACUCAUCACAAAUAUUUCUUUGGAGCACAAAGAAUGGGUAUGCGGCUUCGUGUUGCUUGUUGUGCCCUUAUCUACAGAAAGUCUCUAAAACUGAGUCAAGCUGCUCUAAGUCGGACGACUGUUGGUCAAAUGGUUAAUCUUUUAUCCAAUGAUGUGAACCGAUUUGAUCAGUCUGUUGUUUAUUUGCCAUAUCUAGUGGCAGGUCCAAUUCAGACCGCAAUUAUCAUUGCUGUCCUCUGGUCACACAUAAACUAUGCUAGCUUGGCUGGUGUCUCCGUACUUCUGUUAUACAUUCCUUUUCAAGGCUUGAUGGGAAAAUUAUUCUCGAAGCUCAGAAUUAAAACAGCUGGUCUGACUGAUGAAAGAAUUCGUCUAAUGAACGAAAUCAUCAGUGGAAUGCGGGUUAUCAAGAUGUAUGGAUGGGAGUUCCCAUUUGCCAAUCUCGUUGAUCUAGCUCGACGAAAAGAAAUCAGGAAGAUUCGAAUGACAUCAAUUUUAAGGGGAGUGAAUCUUGCUGUAUUCUUUAUAUCAUCCAAGCUCAUUUUACUCAUAUCAUUCGUGGUCUUUGUCUUGGGUGUGAAGGGUGACUUGACGCCAGAAAAAGUGUUUGUUUGUAUGUCACUUUUCAACAACCUUCGAUUGGCCAUGACAUUAUUCUUCCCAUAUGCCAUUGCUCAGGGAGCUGAAUCCCUCAUAUCUCUCAAAAGAAUUCAAAAAUUCUUGUUAUUGGAAGAGCAGCAAGAGACAGCGCUAUUAGAUGUUUCCAAUCUGAGACCAAAACUCAGUCAAUGUGGAAUUUAUAUGGAAAAAGUUUGCGCUUCUUGGAAUAAGGAUGGCGAAUCGACUCUUCGUAAUGUUACACUUACAGUAAAACCUGGAGAGCUUUUAGCUCUUGUUGGACCAGUUGGAUGUGGCAAGACAUCUCUUCUGAUGAGUAUAUUAGGCGAACUUCCCAUAACAUCAGGUGAAGUUAAAGUUCGUGGUAAAGUCGCCUACGCAGCUCAAGAAGCCUGGGUAUUUGGUGGAACCGUAAAACAAAAUGUCAUCUUUGGAAGUACUUUUGAUGAAAAUAGAUAUAAGAAAGUUCUCAACGUUUGUGCUUUAGAUAAGGAUAUUGAACUUUUUCCGUAUGGUGAUCAAACCGCUGUUGGUGAGAGAGGUGUUAGUUUGAGUGGAGGGCAAAAAGCAAGAGUUAACCUUGCCAGAGCUAUGUAUUUUGAUGCUGAUAUUUUUCUCUUGGACGAUCCUCUAAGUGCGGUUGAUGCUCAUGUCUCAAAGCAUUUGUUUGAAAAAUGCAUAAAUGGAUACUUGAAAGAUAAAGUAAGAAUAUUAGCCACUCAUCAAAUUCAAUUUCUGAAAGGAGCUACUCAAAUUCUAGUGUUGAAGGAGGGGCGCUGUCUGGCAUUAGGUUCUUAUGAGCAGUUAAUAGAAAUGGGUGUUGAUCUUGGCUCUCUUAUGGAAGACUAUGAACACGAUCGUCGCCAAAGGCUUGCAUCUAUGACAAGCAUGACUGCUUCAAUCCAUGAAGAAAUUACAGAUAUAACUGGUCCAAUCCCAAUAUACGAGUCGACACAAUCUAUAGCGUCUUCAGUUUCUGCAGAAUUUAAUCAAGCAGAUGAGCAUGAGGAGAAAGUUCCUAAAGGACCAGAAGAACUCAAAACGAGUGGCGCUGUGACAUUCAAAGUUUACAAAGAAUACAUCAAGUCUGGUGCUGGUUGUUGUAUGAGAAUAAUUCUUUUGUUAGCAUACAUUAUUACUCAAGUCAUAUUUAACGGCAGCGACUUCUGGCUUACUGCCUGGACAAACAGUGAACAAAGAAGAUACAACAUUAAAGAUUGUUGGGGAAACACCACCAAAAGCGCUUUGAACGAGACUAGACUUUACAACGAUACUUACGGUUUGUUCGAUCCAGAAUACUUUAGGUAUAAUAUAGCUAAUGUAAGUGACGAUUGCUUCAAGGUAACCAUGAACUAUCUGAAAGACGAAGAGGAUGCUUCCGCAGAAGUACGAACGUCUUUCAACUUAUCCGUUUAUGCUGGGCUCGUCCUCUUGGUCUUUCUUCUGUCACUCUUUAGGACCACUGGGUUCUUCCACAUGUGCAUGAAAGCAUCUGUAAACCUUCACAACAAAAUGUUUCGUUGUGUUCUUAGGUCACCUGUUUCGUUUUUUGACAGCAAUCCUGUCGGACGAAUUUUGAACCGAUUUUCAAAGGACACUGGUGUCAUUGAUGAAACGUUACCCAUGGCUGCCUUAGACGCUGUUAUAAUAUUCUGUAAUAUAAUGGGCAUCAUAUGUGUGGUUGCUAUCGUUGAAUAUUUGUUACUCAUUCCUACUCUUGUAAUCAGUAUAGCAUUUAUAUUCAUUCGAAGGUUUUACUUACCAACUGCCAGAGAUGUUAAACGUUAUGAAGGAAUCACAAGGAGUCCUGUCUUUUCUCACCUUAGUACUUCUCUUUACGGUUUGACAACCAUUAGAGCUUUCAAAGUGCAACAACCAUUCGAAGUGAGUUUCGAUCAUUAUCAAGACCAACAUACUGCGACAUGGUUCAUGUUCAUCUCAGUGACUCGUUGGUUUGGUAUCGUCUUGGACUGGUUAUGUGUCAUCUACAUCACUUUUGUUACAUGGAGCAUGGUCAUAUUGUCCGAAGAUCCAUCUUAUGCGAGUAAAGCAGGAUUGGCUAUCGCUUCAGCUCUUCAAUUAAGUGGCAGUUUUCAAUGGGGUGUGAGGCAAUCAGCUGAAGUAGAGAGUCAAAUGACGUCAGUAGAGCGAGUUGUAGAGUACAGUAAUUUGCCACCUGAAGCAGCUCUUGAAAGUGAGAAAGAGAAGAAACCACCCAAAGGAUGGCCAUCAAAAGGCUACAUCGUCUACCAAAAUGUUAAUCUGAGAUAUUCUCCCGACGAACCUCCUGUUCUGAAAAAUCUCAAUUUCGAGAUAUAUCCAGAAGAAAAGAUCGGAAUUGUUGGAAGAACAGGAGCGGGUAAAAGUUCUAUGAUUGCAACACUUUUCCGUAUGACAGAACCAGAAGGUGAAGUAAAAAUCGAUAGUAUCUGCACUAAAGAUAUCGGCUUGCAUGAUCUAAGGAGAAAAAUAUCUAUCAUUCCACAGGAUCCUGUUUUGUUCACUGGUCCAGUAAGAAGAAAUCUGGAUCCAUUUCAGGAACAUAAAGAUGAAGAACUAUGGCUAGCUUUAGAAGAAGCCUAUUUAAAAGAAUCUAUCGAAGAAAUGCCUGGAGGAUUGGACACAGAAGUAGCAGAAGGAGGGAGUAACUUCAGUGUUGGACAGAGACAGUUAAUAUGUUUAGCUAGAGCUAUUCUACGCAGAAACAGAAUACUGGUUCUUGAUGAAGCCACAGCUAAUGUCGAUCCAAAUACUGAUAGUUUGAUUCAGAAAACAAUAAGAGAACGUUUUGCUACUUGCACAGUACUCACAAUAGCCCACCGACUUCAUACAAUCAUGGAUUCAGAUAGAGUUUUGGUACUUGAUGCUGGGGAAGUCAAAGAAUUCGACGAACCCUACACACUGCUACAAAACAGAAACAGCCAAUUCUCUCAUAUGGUGCAACAGACAGGCCAUGGUAUGGCAAACCAACUAAAAGAAAUAGCUCGAACAGCAUACCUCAAACGUGCUGGUACAAAGAAAGAUACUGGCACCAUCGUCUUUGGUGGACAUGGGGGAGGAGAUAUCAUAGAAAUGAAUGGAUCAGCACCCAAUACAAACCACAUUGCUAAUGGAAGAAUGAUGAACUCAGACAUAUCUACAAGUGAUGUGCACGAAAAUACGGAGAUGACGUAUUUAUAGCGAUAUCAUAUUAAAUAACAAAUAAACCAUACCAAAGACUUGUAAAUAAUCUGUUUUAAAUGCUUAUUUUUCACCCUUUUUCUGAAUUUUAGUUUUUUAAUGUAUUUUGUUGAAAUGGGAAAUAAAAGUGUACUUAUUUCUUGAA